AUGCUGGUGAUUCUGAACUUCAUUGACGAAUGUGAAAAUGAAUUAGAGAGUUAUGAGGAAGUAGUGCCUAUUGAAUCUGCGAUCGACUACUUCAACGAACUUGAGGCUAUCCCUGAUGUAAAUCUAGCAGGGAUUCCCAAUGAAUUCGAGGAGCCUUCGUUCGACCCUGCAGAUGAUUAUGAUGAACCCAACCUGUCCACUGCAAAUGAAAGUAAUGUUUCUCGAAACACUGUCACCUUAAAGCAGUUUGAAUACGAGUCUAUCUUAACCGACUCUACAAGCAGCACUCCCGUAUCCAAUGCAGCAGGGGCCGACAACCAAAGCACUUCUCAUGUCCUUCUUGAGGCUGAUGAAAAAAAUGUUUUAUAUCGAGAUCAUUCUACCUCUGUUCAUCGUUACGAAAUAGCUCUUUCUGCGAGUAACAAUAGAAAGGCCUUUCCAUUUCUAGAAAUGACCGGAAAAAGAGAAGAACAAAUCUUAGAUAAAUUUACUACUGUAGAAACAAUACCUCAAGCUUCUGCAGAGAUGCCUCCUCCUUUACAUCCCGCCCCUAUAUCUGCUUCCCGGACGCUUUUUCAUGCGAAAGCAUUGACCGUUCACUCUUGUGAAUUUGAUAAGAACUCGCAGGGUGUACCCAAGCACUACACAACAUAUCCGGUUUCCACCAGCAACAAUGCAACUUCAAAUAAUGCAGACGUUCUUCUACCAGAAUUCAAGGAUAUUCUCAACACACCGCUAGCUAACCUUAUGCCACCAGAAUACGCCGAUGUGGACAUUCGAAGUCUUUUUCCGGGCUAUUCUCCUGACGAAACUCUUCAUUGGAGCACUUUAUUUAAGCCAAUCCAUCCCCUGACAACGUAUAAGGACAUAAAAAUGUCACACUUCUCGGACAAGGUGAGUAACAUCUAA